CUAAAUUUACUACAAAACGACGUACCAUGAAGGGUAUUUGCAGCUUCCACUGAAUAUAAACGCGAAUGGUCAGUUAUCUGUCAUGGUGACAGUUGUAAAUAUUCAUAGACAGGCAGGCAGCAUAUUGUUAAGGGUUUUAGACUUUGACGUUACCAUGGCGACCUUCGCUGACAUGGAUCUACAUUAAAAUGCCUUAAAAACACAUGGCAGCAUGCAGAUUACUGCAUGUAUCUUUACAAAGACACGAACUCAUCCGCCGCGGCAUGGCAUCAGACCGCGCGUCGGCAGCGGAGACGACCCGCUUCGACUUCCUGGUGAUCGGCGGUGGUUCCGGAGGUCUGGCCGGGGCUCGGAGAGCGGCGGAGCUCGGAGCGAACACCGCCGUGAUCGAGAGCCACAAACUCGGAGGUACCUGCGUCAACGUUGGAUGUGUUCCUAAAAAGGUUAUGUGGAAUGCAGCAGUUCAUGCUGAGUAUCUACACGAUCACAGCGAUUAUGGCUUUGCAACUGAAAAGGCCCAGUUCAGUUGGGAGACUCUUAAGGCCAAAAGGGACGCUUAUGUUUCUCACCUAAACCGGAUUUAUCGCAACAACCUGGACAAGGCUAAAAUCCAAACCAUCCAAGGCUAUGCCAGGUUUACAGAUGACCCCGAGCCCACUGUGGAGGUCAAUGGUAGGAAAGUGACGGCGGCUCACAUCCUCAUUGCCACCGGGGGGCAGCCUUCUGUUCUUAGUGACGAUGAAGUUCAAGGUGCGAGUCUUGGCAUCACUAGUGAUGGCUUUUUUGAACUUGAAACCCUUCCAAAGCGCAGUGUGAUUGUGGGCGCUGGUUAUAUUGCUGUAGAAAUGGCCGGGAUUCUUGCAACCCUGGGGUCCAAAACGUCCCUUGUUAUUCGACAAACUGGGGUUUUGAGAAACUUUGAUGCGUUCAUAAGCGCAAACUGCACCAAGGAACUCCAAAACAACGGCAUCGACCUCUGGAAGAACUCUCAGGUGAAGUCUGUGAGUAAGACAGACAAAGGUUUGGAGGUGACAAUCGUUACCAAAGACCCAGAGAAGAAGAACAAUGAGAAGAUCAGCACUAUCGAGGAGGUGGAGUGCCUGCUGUGGGCCAUAGGAAGGCAGCCCAACACGUCUGGACUGAACAUCGGCAGCAUGGGUGUGGAUACUGAUGAAAGAGGCCACAUAAUCGUGGAUGAAUUUCAGAACACGUCUCGGCCGGGGAUCUACGCUGUUGGGGAUGUUUGUGGCAAAGCUCUUCUCACACCUGUUGCCAUUGCUGCAGGCAGAAAGCUGGCACAUAGACUGUUUGAGGGCAAGAAGGACUCGAAGUUGGAUUACUCCAGCAUCCCCACAGUGGUGUUCAGCCACCCACCCAUCGGUACUGUGGGCCUCACAGAAGAGGAGGCCAUUAAUUCCAAUGGAAAGGAGAAUGUAAAGAUCUAUAAAACAUCUUUCACCCCAAUGUAUCAUGCCAUCACGAGCAGGAAGAGCCAGUGCAUCAUGAAGCUAGUGUGUGUGGGCAAGGAGGAGAAGGUGGUGGGUCUGCACAUGCAGGGCCUCGGCUGUGACGAAAUGCUGCAGGGAUUUGCUGUGGCCAUCAAAAUGGGUGCAACCAAAGCAGACUUUGACAACACUGUCGCCAUCCACCCCACCUCAUCUGAGGAGUUUGUCACAAUUCGUUGAUGCAGACAUAGUCCCCACCCCAUGUGUUUCUCUGUAAGACCAACAACCCAGACAAUCAGUCCAGGACCAGACUAUUCUCAGCUUGAUAACUUGUUUCAUGAAAUUACUUAUGAGCUUAAAUUUUUUGCAUUCAACUUAAUUGUAUCCUGUGUUAAUAUUUUUUCAAUAUUUUUUUUUUUACCUAAACAGACUUAAAUUCGGUUUUGGCUCUAUUAAAUUGUUUUGUGGUUCUUGACUACUUAUUAAAGCCUCUGAAUGCAGUUCAAUGACAGUAAAAUGGAUGUGACGAAAUGUGCAAGGAUUGUUGUCAAGAAACACCCUGGAUAAUCAAUUUCUCUCCUCGUGUUUGUGUUUGACUUCGUUUCUGUAAUUUGUCAUGAAGCCACAGCUGCCCUUCAAUGCACCAUUUUGGUGAAAAGUCAGGACAUAUAUCCUUUGUCAUAUUCUACAGAUCCAAUAAAUCCGCAUAUUUUUUUUUCUUAA